AUGGACGCUUUUAUGAUAGAUUACCUGCUGCGGAAAGACUUUGAGGUUUCUGAGACUAUCAGUCACCAAGAAAGAGUAGGAGAGGACAGUAUAUGUAGUUAUCCCGACCAGGGAUUUGAGGAAGAUUAUAACAGUGGAAGUCUCUCUGCCGGUUCGAACGACAACCCUUCGCUGUCGCCGUCUGAUAGCGGCCUUGAUUCGGACAACUCUUCAGGAAUCAAGAGCAACGUCGGUGUUACGUCCGUUAACGAAGCAGUUGAAAACGUGAAUACUUUUAAAGAGACGUCACCGGAAGUACCUCUUAUUCAGCCUAAUAGUGUACAGAAGCCAGAGCAGAAAAAUGAAAAUGAUGACGAAAACGUCGAUGGGAAGCCGUCCCAUUCAUACAUUGCCCUUAUCUCCAUGGCAAUCCUGAGCGCACGUCAGCGGAAGAUGCUGCUUAGCGACAUCUACCAAUACAUCAUGGACAACUUCGAGUUCUACAACAACGAUAAAAAGCCAUGGAGAAACAGCAUUCGUCAUAACCUGAGUCUCAACGAAUGCUUUGUAAAGGCUGGGAGAGCUGAUAACGGUAAGGGAAAUUUCUGGACUAUUCAUCCAGCCUGCAUCGAUGAUUUUGCGCAGGGUGACUUCCGACGACGUCAUGCUAGACGCAGAUCGCGAAAAUGUACCAAGAACCCAUACUCGAGAGGAAUGUACGGCUACAACGACGGAUACGUUCAGAUGACACAAGCACACGCCUGUUGCCCUACUUAUGACAACUCGACAUCACUGUACUGCAUGCAGCCUCAAACAUCCUUUAGUCAGAUUCCAUCAAUGCCCUAUCCUACCAUACCUUACCCUGGAUUCAUCGGAUCUACAACUUCACCAGCCAGUUUUAUGACUGGUCCAUGCGUAGGAGCUGGAAUCGCCAUGGAAAAUUUGGCUCAACAACAGAGUGCUUUCGCCACCCCAUACCAGUAUCAUCAUUUGUAG